AACCACGACACACGCAUGUACCACUCCACUCCUGGUUCCGACUUCCGACAUCUGUUCACACAAAAAAAAUUCACCUCCGUUCCCCUUUCUCCUUGCUCUCCCGUGAGGCUACUGCCGCUGAGCCUGCUCCUCGAUUCCGUCCGCCGGAGCUGCCAAUCGACACAGCCUAUGUGCCCCUGUAUGACAUCGGGGCAGCGGAGCCGGAACUGGAGCUCGAUCCGCCACUGUGGCAUCCUCGGUGACGGUAACUGCGACGCCAUCGGCGCAGCGGCUAUAGCAGGCUUGCACUUGCAGAGGGACAGAGGGAUACACACCUGGAACUCUGGAAGAGGAGGGCGCCGAGGUCCCCAUUGUGUCGACAUCUAUCUCUGGAAGGAGAUGAGAGCCCCGAGUUUAUCCUCCACAGCGGCUGAAGAGGAAGGCUCUCUGAGAUCUCCACCGCGCCGCCAUCUGCCUAGGGAUUGGUAGGUGACACGGCGGCCAAAGAGGGAGAAGAGGAGGCCGGCCAUAGGGAAGCUCACGGCGGCUAGAGAGGGAGAAGUGGAGGCCGGCCAUAGGGAAGCCAUCAGCCGCCUCGGUAGGUGGCACGGCGGCGGCCAGAGAGGGAGAAGAGGAGGCCGGCCAUGGGAAAGACGGGAGGAAGAAAGUUGAGGGCAAAACGACAUCUCGAAUUGUUCCAUUGUGGGGAUCGUGUGGUGCCACUUUGACCAGCUGCCGCUUUGACCGAAUCAACCAGAAGGCAAUAGAUGCAAUCGGAAGUGAUCCAUAAAAAGAGGAAGGAGAGAGGCAACAACCGGUAGCCGGUUGCCUGACCGCUUGGAAAAAAAAAAGAUGCAAACCAAUUACCUGAGUGAUCACGGAAGGGACAAAACAAAUAGCUACGUGUCAAUCAAUAAUUCAGGGAAAGAGUGGAUAAAUGGCACAUCUACAGUGUCUCAGUUGUUCAGAUAGCGUAAAAUCAGCUGACCUUUAUAUAGUGUAUAUAAUAUAACGAGCCCAUGGCAAAGAGAACGGAGUUUGGACGCCAAAUUUGUCGCAUCUCAGCACAUGCAUGGUCUAGGCUCCAGCGGUACUCCCACCCAAACUCAUCGCUCCGGUUGUGCUCCUGCCCAAAUUUGGACGGUGACGAUGGCACACGUACUUUCUAGGGUUAGGCGUCUACUCCCCCAUUCUCUUGCUACGGCAUUGGUUGAAAAGUACAUUUCAGAUCGAUAAGCUCAGAGUUGGGCUGUUUCUUGUAUAUCUGAUGGAGCAUGAGGUUGGUUGAGCCCUCAAGUGGUGUAAUAGCGGCUUUCGUACCAACUAUCUUUUCCUUUCGCCAGAGGGCAAUAAUUCAUUUCCAGUUGUUUA